AUGUAUUACUUACUACUGUCGAGUUGGAGAUCCUGGGUAGCAUUACUCGGCUACCUAAUAGUACAAGCAACAGCUUAUCCUAUACAAGGGUGGCCUAUGUAUCCUCAAACGCCCAGAGAGUACCAAGACGAUGAUUACUACUACGCGCCUAAAGUACAAUAUUACUACGAUGCUCCUGCUAUGAAUGUUCCCGAUGUUUACGGACAAAUACCAUAUUCAUAUUAUUAUGAUCCAUAUAGCCACUUCGCUAAUGAAGCACCAGAGAGCCAGGACGAGAGACUUGCAUCUUUACCAAUAGGACAGGAAACAUGGUUUGAAAGCGAUAGCUCCCCACGUUUCCGAUCUAAUAAUAUUGACGAUGUUAACGCAGCCUUCUUAGAUAAUUUAAUCCUGACACAAAUGGCGCAAGAUGCUCAACGGCGACGCGAGAAUGCUCGAGCUGCUUUUUCAAACGUUGACUACGAGGACAAAGAUAACGAAGACGAAGAUGUGAAAGAGUUAAAGGCUUUGGCAGGCAAACCUCUUUACCACGGUCCUAAAACCGUUCCAAGAUUCGAAGACGACGAAUACCCAUCAGACGAUGGAUUCAUAAACUGGAACGGAAACAAAAGAAGCGUCACUACACCCCGACCUGUCUCCACAGAAGAGUCGACAACCGGUCAAAAAGAAGUAGCAGUACCUCGACCAGCAAAAACUACUAACGCGAGAAGUCAGCAUUCAGAACAUGAAAAAAGAAGCUCGCCUUAUUACAACACUAUCGCACAAUUGCUUGAAAAUAAAUCUCAUAAAGCAACAAAGGAUCGAAGAAUUGACAAACGUUUUGUGGCGGGAGAUUCGGAUCUUGUCGUUGAACUUCGAGGGCUAAAACAUCGCAUCGCCACUUAA